AACAAAGUGAAAGUGUCAUGAAAUAGAAUGAGAGUCCGACAGGUUUCCCAUUACGCGAGACCUGACAGCUCCUCAAUUCCGACUAGACGAAGUUCAAGGCUUUAAGCUCUAUCAAUAAAUAAUGUGAACCACUAAGUUGCAGUCGCUCUAUAAAAGGUGCAUCACUUCCGCUGUCCAAAUCAGUUUGAACUCUUCACCGCCAUGUGGCCAAUUUGGAGGGAACUGCUCAGUCCACGCGACGCCUACGGCGCUGAGCAAACGCUGCUCCUUUUCACCUAUGUGCUGGGUCUAACGCCCUUCCGGCUGCGUGGCCACGGGACGCGCCACUUUGAGCUCAGUCGUCUGGGCUAUCUGAAUGCCCUGCUGCAGCUGACCUUCUUUGGCUACUGCUUUCUGUCUGCCCUCGUCCAAGAGCAGAGCAUUGUGGGCUACUUCUUCAACUCGCCCAUCUCCCAGGUGGGCGACUCACUGCAGAAGUUCAUCGGAAUGACCGGCAUGUUUACGCUCUUCCUGUGCUGUGGUCUGCGCGUGCGACUUCUGAUACGGCAUUGCGAUAUGAUCGCCUGCAUCGAUAAUCACCUGCUCGACGUGGGCAUCUGCUUCAAUUAUAGCCGCAUUAUGAGUCUGCGGCACACAAAACUUUUUCUCAUCGCGGGCGUUCAGCUGGCCUAUCUGGCCAGCUCGAUUUCGAUGCUAAUCUACAAUGAUGUGCGGCCCAGCUACACUGUGGCCGUUGCCUUCUAUGUGCCUCAAUUAUUCCUGCUCAGCAUUGUCGUGCUCUUCGGAGCUAUUCUGCACCGCUGCUGGCAACAGUUCGAUGCGUUGAAUAAGGUACUCAAGAACCUGGCCCAUCAGUGGGAUACACGCAGCAUCAAGGCCGUGCAGAAGCAACGCUCACUGCAGUGCUUGGACUCCUUUUCGAUGUACACGAUCGUAACCAAAGAUCCCGCUGAGAUCAUACAGGAGUCCAUGGAGAUUCAUCAGUUGAUCUGUGAGGCAGCUGCCACGGCCAACAAAUAUUUCACCUAUCAACUGCUCACGAUCAUUUCAAUUGCCUUCUUGAUCAUCGUCUUUGAUGCUUACUAUGUGCUCGAGACUCUGUUGGGCAAAUCGAAGCGCGAGAGUAAAUUUAAGACCGUCGAAUUCGUGACAUUCUUCUCGUGUCAAAUGAUAUUAUAUUUGAUUGCCAUCGUUUCCAUUGUCGAGGGCAGCAACCGGGCGAUCAAGAAGAGCGAAAAGACCGGUGCCAUCGUGCACUCGCUGCUCAACAAGACCAAGAGCCCCGAAGUGAGAGAGAAGCUGCAACAGUUCUCCAUGCAGUUGAUGCAUCUGAAAAUUAACUUUACAGCGGCUGGACUCUUUAAUAUCGAUCGCACGCUCUACUUUACGAUCAGCGGCGCUUUGACCACAUACCUCAUUAUAUUACUACAGUUCACAUCUAAUUCGCCUAGUAAUGAGAACAGCAGCGGCUUCGACUGUUGCGAAGCGUAUCAUAAUAUGACGAAUCAUACCGUUUAGUGGCAGGACGGACGGUUUGUCGAGCCGAAUCUGGAGCUGGUGAAAUCACUUGUCGAUGUUACGUCCAAGGGUUUUUUGGGGCAAUAAUAUUAAGCAGUUUAAUUCGAUGUUGUUGCUUUUGCAUGUAUUAUCAAUGUAUUUUUCAUAGAUCUAUUUAUUAGUAGCAAUAAAUGAAGAAAUUUAUUGAGCUGAUUAUAUGGCAUCUGGCAGCAAAUGAGGCA